GUGCGGCGACGGCCCGCUUCUUCCCCCUCCCGCGCUUACAGCGGCCGAGCUCGCCGAAUGAGCCGGGGACGAGCCCCUUUCCCGAGGCGCAAGCGGGGACGAGAGGCGGGGAACAGGGGGGCGGGAGAAGGCGGCCGAGGUCUUUCCGCUUCCCCGUUUCCAUGGCGCCCGCCGCCUCGGCCAACCGCGAGCCACUUCCGCUGACGUCAGCGCCGACACGUGGAUCCAAGAUGGCGGCCUCAGGGGUGCUGGGCAAGCUGACGUACGCGCUGGCAUUGCUGCUGUGGUGCCCGGGCGCCAGCUGUUUCUACGUGCCGGGCGUCGCUCCCAGGAACUUCCACAAAAACACCCUCGUCGAAAUCAAGGCUGUGAAGCUCACCAGUUCGCGGACCCAGCUGCCUUACGAGUACUACUCGUUACCCUUCUGCCGGCCUAAAGAGAUCACGUACAAAGCCGAAAAUUUGGGAGAGGUCCUCCGAGGAGACCGGAUCGUCAACACCCUGUUUCAGGUCUACAUGACCAUUGAGAAGAAGUGCGAGAUCCUGUGCAGCAGCAUCAGCAAGCCCCUCGUCCUGAGCGAGAAGGAGAGCAAGCUGAUCGCCGAGCGGAUCCAGGAGGAUUACUACGUCCACCUCAUCGCCGACAACCUUCCCGUGGCCACGCGGCUGGAGUUCUACUUGAACCGAGAGGAGGACAAGAGCAAGGAGAAGGACGUCCAGUUCGAACACGGGUAUCGGCUCGGCUUCGCCGACAACAACAAGUUCUACCUGCACAAUCACCUGUCCUUCAUCCUGUACUACCACAAAGAGGAUGUGGAGGAGAACCAGGAGCAAAACUACCGGGUGGUUCGCUUUGAAGUCGUCCCCCAGAGCAUUAAGCUGGCCGACCUGAAGGCGGAGGAGAGCGGGGUCUGCAUCCUGCCCGAAGCUGCCAGCUCGGCUCCCCAGGAGAUCGAUCCCACCAAGGAAAACAAGCUGCUCUUCACCUACUCGGCGCGCUGGGAGGAAAGCGAUAUCAAAUGGGCCUCGCGCUGGGACACCUACCUCACCAUGAGCGACGUGCAGAUCCACUGGUUCUCCAUCAUCAACUCCGUGGUGGUCGUCUUCUUCCUUUCUGGUAUUCUCAGCAUGAUCAUCAUCCGGACGCUCCGGAAGGAUAUUGCCAACUAUAAUAAGGAAGACGACAUUGAAGACACCAUGGAGGAGUCUGGGUGGAAGCUGGUCCACGGUGAUGUCUUCAGGCCUCCUCAAUAUCCCAUGAUCCUCAGCUCCCUGUUGGGCUCCGGAAUCCAACUGUUUUGCAUGAUCCUGAUUGUGAUUUUUGUGGCCAUGCUGGGGAUGCUGUCUCCCUCCAGCCGCGGUGCCCUGAUGACCACAGCCUGCUUCCUCUUCAUGUUCAUGGGGGUUUUCGGCGGAUUCUCUGCUGGCAGAUUAUACCGGACGCUGAAGGGCCAUCGGUGGAAGAAAGGGGCCUUCUGCACCGCCACGCUGUACCCGGGAGUCGUCUUUGGGAUUUGCUUCAUCCUGAACUGCUUCAUCUGGGGCAAGCACUCCUCCGGAGCGGUUCCUUUCCCCACCAUGGUGGCCCUGCUGUGUAUGUGGUUCGGCAUUUCCUUGCCCCUCGUCUACCUGGGUUACUACUUUGGGUUUCGCAAGCAGCCCUACGACAAUCCUGUUCGGACCAAUCAGAUCCCCAGGCAAAUACCAGAGCAGAGGUGGUACAUGAACAGAUUCGUCGGGAUCCUCAUGGCUGGGAUUCUGCCUUUCGGGGCCAUGUUCAUCGAGCUCUUCUUCAUCUUCAGCGCCAUUUGGGAGAACCAGUUCUACUACCUCUUCGGGUUCCUCUUCUUGGUGUUCAUCAUCCUCGUGGUCUCCUGUUCCCAGAUCAGCAUCGUCAUGGUGUACUUCCAGCUGUGUGCCGAAGAUUAUCGGUGGUGGUGGAGGACGUUCUUGGUCUCCGGGGGAUCUGCCUUCUACGUGCUGAUCUACGCAAUAUUCUAUUUUGUGAACAAGCUGGACAUUGUGGAGUUCAUCCCCUCUUUGCUGUACUUCGGCUACACGGCCCUCAUGGUGCUCUCCUUCUGGCUCCUGACGGGGACCAUUGGCUUCUAUGCAGCCUACAUGUUCGUGCGCAAGAUCUACGCCGCCGUGAAAAUAGACUGAAGGCCCCUCCGACGGCAGUGCAGCGGAAGCAGCAGACGCCCUUCUCCACUUCCUCCUAGGAAGGAAGCGCGGAACUCUUCUUUUUUUCUCCCGGUUCUCCUGAGGAAAUCAAAUCCCGCAGGAGUUGGGAUACCAGAAAUUUAAAAAAAAAAAGAAAAGGAAAAAAUCGUUGCAAUUUUUGGGGGAAUGUAAUCUCGGCACCGUUUCCAUGGAAUCUGAGGAAGGUCAUGUAGAUAACUUUGCAUUUUAAGUUUAGCCUGUUCCGGUUGGAAGGGAUUUUUUUUUUUGGAAAGCUGAGAAUCAUCUCUCUGAGCGAAUUCGUCGGUGGGGUUGUUUGUUUUUUCCUCCUUCGUCUAAUUCCUCUUCUACGCGGGGCCGCAGCGGACGCAGGUUUUGAGAAACGGGCUUUGAGUUCGAGGCAAAAUCACCCUUUGGCCGUCGCACAGAGCAGCCUGUCACCGGAUCCACGCUCCGAAAAAGGUGCGCAAGGGCACGGCGUUUGGAGAGGUCUCUUCUUUUCGACCACGCUCGUCCCAGCGGACGCCUAUUCCGUUUUUUUAGAAAGGCGCCGUUUCGAAACUAGGCGAACGUGCGGCUUCUUGCGGAGCACUUACCAGCAGUAAGCCUCUCCCGCCUUUGUUGAAGCCAGGCUCUUGAUGUGCCGGAGAAUUCAGCGGGGACAGAUACCGGCAGGCACCUCUAGGCAAGCUCGGCCGCGUCGAGUAACGAUUGACGGAAACAAGGGGGGACCUCGGCCUGUUGGAAACGGAUGGAGCCCUUGUUGAGUCUUGUCAAAAGGCUGCUUGGAACUCGGGUGCUCCUUGGGUGUGGGUGAGGUUACAGGCUCCCGUUGUGGCAAGCUCUGCUGCUUAAAGUGCCAAGAAAUCCCCAGCUCAAAUGUUGGGAACCGCUGCUCCCGUAUGCAAGAGAGGAAGACGUGAGGAGUCUCUUUCCAAGAAGAGAACGACUCCCUCUUUGGUUCCCACCCAUCUUUUCCUCCAACCUCCGCUGCCCCAUGACCCCAUAGUCUCUGGUUCAGCCCAGUUCAGGCCUAUCCUCCUAGAAAUCAGCACAUACAGCUUAUCGGCGGCGUUACCUUUGGUCUCCGCGAACGAGACGUGUGGUUCAGAGACUGGCUUCCACCUUUUCCCCUCUUUCUGGGAAGUGGGUAUGGUACAGCGGUGGUUUGCCGCUGUUGUCAAGGUGACGGCCUGCGAAACACGCGUUUCCUCAAGCACAAAUCGACCUCUGUCUCUUUCCCUUGGCGUCAACGUCCCAAGCUACCGGCCAGCCCGACCUUCCCUUUAACUAGGAGCUGAGAUUAAAGCAUCGUCUCUAAUAAGAAAAACCUUGGAAAUAGUCAAUCAGAAGUAAAUUUGUUUUGAUUUUUAAAAAAACAAAACCCUGUUACAAUAACAUGAAUUAGAUCGUGGGGCACUCUUUAAGCUGCAACGGAGCGCUUGCUCGGUUUCCCGGUCUAAAGCGCAGCUCACGCAGUCACCCACUGGUGAAAAACUCGCUUCGUAAGAAAUCCUGCCUUACAAAUACCACUUUGUGGUGAAAAGGAGAGAGCAUGAGGGGCGGGAGGGGGUUUGACACAUUCAGGAGAAUUCUGGGAAAAGAUCACUUUGGCCGUUGGGCGGCACGCUGAAGUAGACAUGCGUUUCCGAUCACGUGGUGAGAUGUCCGGGGCUUUUAAAAUAUAUAUCUUCUGCAGUACGCCACGCUGAGCCAGCUUAGAAAUCCAAUCGAAUACCUAAAUGAAAAUCAUCCGCCGUAAGUCGACUGCAGGGGAGUCUGGCCCUUCUUUCCCCACAGAGCACGUAUGUAAGCUGGUCUCCGUGACCCUAGAGAACGAGCAAGUCUCUUUGCCGCUACCUGCACCCCCUUUACCGUUCCCUGAUCUUCAGUUUCUUUGUGACCCACCAUUCAAAGUGCCCCAGCCCAGAACAGUUUGACAGAGGAGGUUGUGGGAUUUCUGACUUUUGCAGUGGAACCCCGAACGAACUCUGGUUUGAAUUAACUUUUAGGAUUGUGCAGACAAUGUCCCCUAAACGGUGGUUCUCCCCCCCUCCCCCAAAAGCUGGAUAUACUCCUCCUCCUCCUUUACACUGUAUCCCUUAGUAUUUUUUAAUGUAUUGGUCGAGCCCAACUGUAAAUAAAUACGAUAUCGCCUGGU